GGAAGGGUCAAGCGGAUGGAGGCAUGUGUGGCGGACAGCAGGGAGGACGAGGAGACAGAGGGAAGUGUUUGCUGGUGGUCUUGAGUCCCCGCAGAGACGUGACCCUGAGUUGUCUCUCCGGACACCUCCAUCACCGCCUUGUUACCUGGGCCGUUGCAUGGCUGCCUCGCAACGGAGACUCACCUCACCGCCUCGUCUUCCAACCAGACCACACUACAGCGGCUGAAUCUUGCGCACUUAUACAUUGAUUGUUACGUACGAGGCCAGGAAGCAAUGACCAUCGUUGCCGUGAACAGACACAGUAAGAAAAGUUGCUGCUGAAUUUGUCUGGAGGGAAAAAGAAGUGAAUCCUAUUUGCGGAGAAAAAAACUAAAGGGAAAAAAUAAUUGUGAUGUGAGAUAAUCAACUUAGCUACGCGCAAAGAAAUCACGUGAUGGAUGAGAACUGGAAGCAAGGGCAGGACGGGAAAGCGCGUCCUUGAGAAAAUAAUAAAGCCUAAAACAAGAGGAAGGAAAGACUGACAGGUAAUGCAGACUGUGAGGUAGAGCUUGACAGAGUGGGUAUAAAGGUGGAAGAGGAGAAAAAUGUAUUAGACCGGCCAGUCGUAACGGAAGCGGUAGUCGAAAAGAGAAACAAAAGCGAAAGGAAAAAAUCUCAAACAGGCAAAAAUAAGUGAGGGUGAAGAAAUAGCGCUCGAUGGAAAUACACGGAGAUACAAGGAAAUAGUGCAGAUUAGGAAAAUAUACACGACGGAUUUGCCAUAGUGUAAUGCUGAUACCGAGAGAGAUACAGGACAACAAGAAGAAACAGCCAUCUGGCAGAAGUGGAAAGAAAAAUAAAACACUCGUUGUUACAAAGUUCAUAUGACAUUUAAAAUAGAAGAAAAAAGUUAGCGAUAUAAUCAUGGUGUGAGAAAGAGAAACCAAACAAAUAAAUAAACCUUCCAUGUGAAAAGAAAAAUUAUAAGCAACAAAGUACAAAAUAAAUAAUUCGAUAUAAAACAAAGAAAGAAAAUAAGGAAAAUAAAAGAACAAUCCGCAAGAAGAGAAAAAAGGAGGAAACAAAAGAAGAAUUGCAGGGAAGGAGAAAAGGAAGAAAGGAAAAACAGCAGAUACAUAAAAAACAGUAAAAAGGGGAAAAGGGAAGGAAGAAAAAUAAUAGAAAUAAAGAUAAAGAGAGAGCGGAGUGACUAAACAAACGCAAAAAAAAAGUAAAUUAGGAAGUAAGAAAUAAAUAAAAAGAAAUACAAAGGAGUGAGGGACUGAAAGGAAAUAAAAAGGAUGGGAAAAAGAAAGGAAGAAAAAUAAUAGAAAUAAAGAUAAAGAGAGAGCGGGGUGACUAAACAAACGCAAAAAAAAAAAGUAAAUUAGGAAGUAAGAAAGAAAUACAAAUAAAUACAAAGGAGUGAGGGAUUGAAAGAAAAGAAAAAAAAAAGAAACGAACGAGGAAAAAAGUGUACGAAGGAAAAAAAAAUAAUACAGAAUAGAGAAGACAUCAGAAGGAAAAGAGAUUAUAGAAAGGCAAAAGAGCAACCUAGUGAAGGAAAGAGAGAGAAAGAGACAGAGAGACAGAGACAAAGAGAAUAAAAUAAGCAACAGACGGACGACGACAAGGAGCGAAGACAGGCAAGAUGUACAGCAUGGAAGGCUUCGACAUGGAGGCUCUCAACCGACAGUUCUUCGAGUCGGCGGCCUUCAGCGAGUUCCAGGCCGGUGUAGUGUUUGAGCCUGGCAGCGGAGGGUCCUCGCCUGCACACUUAGACCAGGAAAACACGUACCUGAUGUUCGAGCCGGACAGUGGAGGGUCCUCGCCGUCGCACAACGAUCAAGAAAACACGGUGUUACGAAGGAAGAAGAAGCGGAGGUGUCUCAUGGCCCAGAUGCAGCAGCGACAGGCAGCCAACAUGAGGGAAAGAAAACGCAUGCAGAGUAUCAAUGACGCCUUUGAGGGCCUGCGCGCGCACAUCCCAACGCUCCCCUACGAAAAGAGACUCUCUAAGGUUGACACGCUUCGGCUGGCUAUCGGGUACAUCAGCUUCUUGGCGGAGUUGGUUGCCAGCGACCGAGCGCCAGACCCGCACCUCCACCCACCCAACCACAACGACGCCAACAGGAAAGUGAUCGUCAGGAGCAGCCGAAUGAGCGUGGACAGCGUGCCCCAUUCCCUCACCUGGUCACACGCGCGCCCCCUGGUGGUCAACGGGAAGGUGACGGCCAAGACCUGGAUGCCGGAGCAGCAGAAACGUCCAUGAGCACCUGAACAACGUGUGUGUGUGUGUGUGUGUGUGUGUGUGUGUGUUUGUUUUUCCCUCAUCCCAGAACAAUCUAGAAGUAUAUUUCUACAUGCAUAAGCAGACAUAGCUAUACACAUAAUCAUAUAGAUAUACAAUUAUACAUACAUACUUACAUGCAAACAUACAUACAUACAUACAUACAUACAUACAUACAAACACACAUGCAUACAUAAACACAAGAAAGGAACAAAAUAGAGAGGUGUUAAUGAGGAUGUGAUCAAAUUUCAUUAACACCGAAAAAAUGUGAAAAUAACAAAGGAGAGGGAAAGGAAAAUGUAAAAAGGUGUAUGGCAGAAAAAAAAGACGUGUGCAGUUAUUAUGUGAAUGAACCAAGGUCAGUAGCGAUAGGAAACUCUAUGACCUUGGAUGAACAAAGCUGAACAACAUUUGAAGGAGAGGAACGAAGGAAAACGGAAAGAGCGCCCACCCAAGGAACGUUCAACAUACUCUUCGGAAAGGUCGUGAAGUUGUAGAAAUAUAACCGUGAAGUGAAAAAUAGACGAGUUGGAAAGUGCACCGAAAAAAAAAAAGUAUUGAAAACAAGAAAAAAAAAACUCCCCACCCCUAAACUUCAGCCUCCACCUAGUAGUUACAAGCACUCGCUCGCAUCGUCUGUGUUGCUUCAGUGGCGUGUAUGUGUAAAUGUGUUGUUUACAGUAGGAAAGAAGCCGUCGUAAAUCGAUGGGUUUGGCAAGACUCAAGAACACCACAAACAGCAGCAGCAGCAACAGCAUUAGCAUUAAGGGCACCGUCUUCAGCAUCGUCAUCCAUGCACUGCAGCAACUCAGCAAUUCGACAUACAAACACCCUUAAAUGAAUAUCCGCACGUGACGGGAAAAAUUAGCAAACCAAUUUUUUUCUUUAUACAAAAAGUACAACAAAAGGCCAAGUACAGAAAAGAAACUUGAUAAUAGGACGUUUUAUAUGUGACUUUAUACCCUUAACCACGCGUUCACAACCGUCUCCGCCACUUAGCAAGAAAAUAUCCGUGAACACAACAGUCUCCGCCACUUGGCAAGAAAAUAUCCGUGAACACAACAGUCUCCGCCACUUGGCAAGAAAAUAUCCGUGAACACAACAGUCUCCGCCACUUAG